GCUAUAUCGAAUUUAUCAAUAUAGAGUAUAGGCUUAUGGGUGUUUUCGAUGUUUCCUACCGAUAGGUUUUGGUUAACCUCCUCUAAACUCAAUUUAUGAUUACUUUCUCCACGGGGUACCGGAUACUACAUUAUCUGGAUUAAACUUGACAUUCUGAAAUGGAGCCCUCCAUAUCAUGAUAUUACAGCACUAUAACUUUCGGAUAAACAAAUCAAAAGACGAGUGAAUUUAAGGUGGCGUCAUAGCACUGACGGAAACUACCGAAGAUGUGCUUCGGGGAUUAUACGAAGAAGCGGAACGACCGCAUGGAGAAGGGCCUGGAUGCUGUCUACGGAAAAGAUGAUAAUCCCAUACGAAAACUGAAGAAGAAACUCCGAUGCAUUCAGACCUGUGGUAUUGUCUGGCUCUUCCUGGCUAUCAUCCUGAUUGCUAUAGGUGGAGCCCUCCUCUACUUCCACGUCGGUUAUCUGAAGAUCACUGGCGACUGGCGCAUCUACGUGGCCUAUUCUGCAAUAGCCGCUAUCGCAUUGGGAGGCCUAUUACUCAUCAUAGGCAUCAUCGUUCUCAUCUGUUUUUGUCACUUGGUAAAAAAACAACAGAGAAAGCUCUCCGGACAGCCAAAGAAACAGAAGAAAGGGGCAUCCCUGGAUAAACAGUAUCCAGUGGGUUCAUAUCCUACACAGAAAGACUUCGGCGGAAAGGACCAGUCUAAGUCCCCGGGACAUCUUCCACCAAUUGACCCGGAUGAAAUGAAGAAAGGGAAAGAUGGUAAAAAGAAGAAAAAGAAGAAGAAGAAGCAGGUGGACCCAGAACAGGGCUACCAAGUUAAUGCCGAUACUGAAGCAAUGAUCAGGCCAGAUCACCACGGCGGGGUCCACUCUGGUAGAAUGGAUCUGCUAAAUGAAGGAAUCGAAGAGGCCAUUGAGCCAGAACGAAGCCAUGUCGCCCAUUCCGUUCCAGGAGGUUCUGGAAUUUAUGAAGAGCCGGACGUCGUUGUGCAAACACACAGAGGCGAAGUGCACGCUGAACCAUGUGGUCUUGAAACGGAUGUGGCUGCAGAUGGAAUGUCUUAUGCUCAGAAGGAGGCUGCUGCGCACGCAGCAAGGCAACGACAUGUAGAGUUUCAAGCAAAACAGCGGGAACAUGAUGCUUACAAAAGGCAAAAUGCUUUGGAGCAGGAAUGGCAAGACUAUGAGACGGGGAAAGAUGGCCGUUAUUCUAAUCAGGGUCGUCCUAUCAUUCCACCUCUAAAGAGUGCCAGAGGACCAGAGCUUUCGAACGGUUACGCUGGCACACAGGAUCUUGUAGAGGACCAAGUGUACGCUGAAGUGGACCGUGGGGUGCAUGCGGCGGCGCCUGGGAUGGAAAGUGUAGCCACAGCGAGCAAGCAAAGGAGAUCGCCACCCCAUUACGGGAAGCAUUCAAGGGUAAGUCCUGCACCGGACCAACCAAUGGCCAUGCAUGUCGGCCCGACCAAAUCCACGCAUCAUACGAGUCAAGACGUCCAAGGGGCUGAUAUCCCUACCCAACCGAUCAUUCAGCACCAGCCGCAGUACCUACCUUUUGGAUUCCAGCCGAUGAUGCAAGGACAGAUGCCUGGACAGCCCGAGACGCCUUAUAAACUCUUCAUGGUGGCACCCGCUAAUACUGGCCAACCUAUGAUGAUGCCUUACCCCUACUACAUGCAGCCGAUGCCUCAAGCAAUGCCAAUGGUACAGCCUAUGAUGGCACCGAUGUAUGAUCCACUCUUCAUGCAACGGCAGGGCAUGACUGUACAGCCACCAACCUACCAACAGAUGCAACCUGCAACUCAACAAACCCACUCCACAUUCGGCCGCUUAGAGUCUGACGAAGCCGUUGUUCCCUCAGUGCAGGAUACAGUGCAUUCAGCACCUACUAUCCAGUUGCACUCAGCGCCACCUCCUGCCGACUGUAAGAAACAGACUGAUAAACAAUACAAAGAAUUGGAUGAAGAUGCUCUGCACGCCCUUGAAGAGUUUCAACGCAUCCACGACUCUGCCGACAAAAAACAAGGUCGGAUGUCGUCUGCAAGCUCAGUAAGUGAAGAGGCUCUCGAAGAGACGAAAGAAAAUGUUGUGGAGUCUGCAAUCGACAUGGAUGAAAUGUUGCAAAAAUUAGAAGAAAUGGACAAGCCAGAACCUCAGAAGCAGACUACUAUUGAUAUGUCGGAAUUCGAAAAAUUAGUUGCAUCGAGUCAGAGUCAAGAUGAAAGCGUUGCUCCGGGUGUGCUUGGAGACUCGUCAGAUGUGGAAGAGGUGAUAGGAGAGACCCGCGAAGUUCAGAUAGAGAGUGCGAUUGACAUCGACGACAUGUUGCAGAAGUUGGAUGAGUUGGAUGCACAGAAGGGUCACAAGGUUGAUUACGAAGUCGGAUCUGGGGAUGAGAAGAAGAAAGAUAAGAAGAAUAAGAAGGUUUCUGAUGAAGAAGACGAAGAUGGUUAUUCUGAAGGUGGCAAUAAGAAGAAAAAGAAGAAGAAGUCCAAAAAAGAAGAUGAAGAUUCUGGGGAUGAAAAAGCAAAGAAGAAAAAGAAGAAAAAGAAGAAGAAGGAGAAAGGCUCUGAAGACGAAGGUGAAUUUGAAUCGGAAGAUGAAAGUGACAGCACUAAGAAGAAGAAAUCUAAAAAGGACAAAGAUGGAAAGAAGAAAAAGAAGGAUAGGAAAGGACAUCAAGAGGAGGUCAUUGCGGCGGCGACUGUCGGCGUUGUAGAAAGUGGAGUUGAUAUGGAUGCUUUCUUGGGCUCUGAUAAGAAUUCGGGAGUGUCGGGGGAAGAGCAUUUGGGUAUUCAUCUCCAUGGAAAGCCAGAUGCCUCUGAGAGAGCUAUGGUAGCAAAAUUAGAACUCCUGGAAAAACGGGUCCAUUUUGUUGAAGAGUCAGUGCAUGUUGACAGUGACGAGGAAGUGAUCACGAAGUCUCAGGGUCAAAAAGUAGAAUAUGCACCAGCGCCAUCUUACGACAAUGAGGAGGAUUACAUUGCCAUGGACACUGUCCAGAGGACUCAGAGUGCACCUGUAGAACACCCACCGCCCUCUUUUGUGAAUUCGUGGAACGAACCCGCCAAGCAAGAUUUCACCAGUGAUGAUGAUGAUAUCGUCAUGCCAGUUACGACAAGACGGAGAAUAAAGCCAGUAGUAACACCUCGUGUGAAGUUUCAGAAAAAUGUGGAAGUGGAAGCCCCUGUGAUGCCAGAGCAAAGUGCAAUGAUCGAGACGACACCUAGCGGACAUGGUGAGCUUGAACUAGACGACGUAGAUGGAUUCGAGGAGGAGGAAGUUAUUACAGUGCAAAGAACAUCUCAGGUUGAAUCCGCUCCGAAAGUUUUUGCGAUGACAGAGCCCUCUGCAGGUGUACCUGAAAUUAAAGUUACGGAGUCAGAAAGUUUUGACGAUCAAGAUGUGAUAACAGCAGAACAAACAGAAGCAAUAGAGUCUUCGCCAGUAAGUGAGGAGAUCACGCAAAACAUCAUCAAAGAGACUGAAGCGGCACCUAUGGUUUUUCAGGCGAACUAUGAACAUGACAAGCGUGACCUUGAUCUUCAUACAGAGGUCAAACAAGAAUCCCAAAUGGUUGACGAUGGAGACGAACUCGUCGUCAUGGAAACAGCUUCUGCCAUCGAGGCGGUUCCUUUUGUACUUGAUGAGAAGAAGGGAAAGAAGAAGUCUGAGAAAGACAAGGAUAAAAAUGAGAAAAAGAAGAAGAAGAAGAAGAAAUCCAAAAGGGAGGAGGUAGAUGAAUACUCUGAAGACGAAAAAUCGAAAAAGAAGAAGGAAGACGAGGAAGACUUAGACUCAGAAGAUGACAAGAAGAGGAAAUCUGCAUUGAGUCGUCAUACAAAUGUAAGCCAAGAAUCCAGAAUGGUGGAAGGCGAAGAUGAGCUUGUUGCCAUGGAGGUAUCGGCAAUUGAGGCAGCACCUGUUGCUUUGGAAGCUGAACUAAAUCGUGAGGAUGAGAAGGGGAAGAAGAACAAAAAGACGAAGAAGGAGAAGAAAAAGAAGAAGAACAAAAAGAAGAAAGGAGACGAAGAUGAGGAUGAGGGAUUUGGUAUGUUGUCACCAAUUAAUGCGAGAUCCGCCCCUCGUCAAGUAGAUGGCAGCACCAGUCCAGAACCUAUCGAAAGAUCUCCAGUUGAUGCAAAGAUGGAAGAAAGUGCAAUAGAUGAAGUCGUUACCAUAGAAACAGCUGGUGUUGUCGAAGCGACCCCUGGCGUUCUUGAUUCACAACUAGAAAUAGAAACCUCGGAACAGUCCGAGAAUCUACGGAACGAAUUGCAAACCAACAGGGAAGACGUUAUGCAGGUCGAGUCCUCCCCUGUGGAGGACCGUUUCUUGGGUAUGGCUGACCCAGAACUUGCAUCGAGGGAAGAGCUCAAUACACACGGGAGAGUAGAAGCAGGCAAAGUGGCAAUUGUACAGAAGCAUGGAAUUUGGGACACUGCUGCCGAUGAUGACAUUGUCACUGUGGCGCCCUCAAUAGGUUCACCAAAGAAGCUAGAAGAGAAACCAAGUGACCUUGGAAUAGCUGCCAGUGACGACUUUGAAACUGUUACUGGAGAAGAGGUGCUCCAGGCUCAAGAAGCUCCUUUGGCCGAGAGUGGAGCCUCCGUAAGUGUGAUACAGGCAAAUGCUCAAGUGCAUGAAACCAGCCCUAUUUCAGACCUGCUGCCCUCUGCUAGCGUCGUGACGAAUCAGGAACCAGAACCAGAGAUCAAAAUGGCUACCAGUGCUACCUUGGAAAGUGGUUAUGUGGAUGACGUGAUGGAUUUUCGUGAGGAACCGAAGGUGGAAUCGUCUCUACCAGUUGCCAAAAGAUCAGUUGGAAUUCUAGACCUGAAAUCUGCUGCGAAGGAUGAAGAAAUCCGAGGUAAGAAGGACGUACCCGAGACAACAUCUACUGGCGUGGUGGAUGAGGUACUACAGAUCGAGACGGUACCACAAGUUGAAAACUCUGUCGAUAUCUUAGAUUUAAAACGAGAUGAGAUUGGUGGGACAUCUACUGUAGUAAAAGAAAAGGAAGCCAACAAAGACGUGGGAGAAGACGUAUUAACUGUAGAAAGUGUUCCACAAGUUCACAGAUCUGUUAAUAUGUUUGAUGAAGGUAUCAGGACGCCACCUAUUGGACGAAAUGCCACAAAAGACGAGGUAGAAGACGUAUUGACUGUAGAAAGUGUUCCACAAGUUCACAGAUCUGUUGAUAUGUUUGAUGAAGAUAUCGGAAAGCCACCUUUCGAAGGAAAUGCGAAAAAGCCGAUGAGGACAACAAGGCUGGAUAAAAAAGUCGACAUACUCAUUGUUGGUGACAAUGAAAAAAAGGAUCUCAUUUUGUCAAAUACCUCGAAGAUUCCAGAGAAUGAAAAGAUUGAGGUUGUUCCUGAUGUAGUUCCAGUGACUGCCGAGGUGGGGACGAGAGAUGGCGCUUUUGUCGCUGGCGUUACCAGGCCAAAUGUUGACACAGAUUUGGCGAACGGAAGCCCCAGUGCUACUGACUCCGACCGUACCAUCAAAAUGAGGAGUGACCAUGUUGAUUUUUCGACCAGGAAAGAGGAAUCCAUCUUACUCAAAGAUAGACAAAGAUCAUCACCAGAAGGAAUCGGUAAACCUGACUUUGCACCUCCUGGGGAAAAUUUGGAUAACGACUCUUUGGAUGACUUCUUCGGGAACAGCGACAUCACCCAUCUACUUGGUGGCGAUGAAUCAGAAGAGAAAGGCAAUGAGAAUACUCCCACUAAUCCGUUAAUCCCUCCUUCACGAUUCGAUGCAACAAGAACGCAACACAAAGAGGUCAACGGUGAUGCAAACAACAACAUGGCGGCCCGACAUACAGUGUCGCCUCCACAUGAUGAUCAGCAGAACGACUCACUGAAUAAUUUCAUGGCAAGAGAUAGACAAGCAUCGAAGAGGGACUCGCUAGAUGAUGGUGGAUUCUGGGCAAAGCACGACGAAAGACCGUCACGCCGGCUCGGUAGGCGAAACAGACCUGUCGACACAUUGGAACAUCCGCAUAAUGACGAAAACGGGAUCGAAGCGCCAUCUGUUGAGAAAGCAAAACACGAUUCGGUAGAUGACCUCGAACCACUGGCGGUCCCUAACGGCAAUGAAGAGAAGGACUCCGUCGAUGGUGCCAUCAUGUGGGAAGGUGACAAACUAGAUCUGCUCCAAACAAUGAAACAGCCGAAGGAUUCCGAUUUCAAUACGACCGCUUUCGUGUCAAGAGACGGAACUGACGGUGUUACCACCGUAACGCCAUUCAAAAUGGAGUCCGACAGCGAGGAAGAUAUUUUGUCGCCGAUGAUACGUAAGAAUAAGAAGACUCAUUAGUGUAACGUGAAAAAUAUCAAUGGGGUUUCGAACUAAACGAAAAAACGUCUUUAUGGAUACUUGACGUAACAGUUAGGAAUGUUAAGGACAACGGGCAUCCUAUAUUUUUGAACGACUUGGACCUUGUAGAGCAUGCUCAGUCGGAUGCAACAUUGUGCAGAGGGGAUAUUGCACCCUCCACCACCCGCAAACUGUCUGACCUCAUUGAUCCGAGCUCGUAGAGGGAGGAUUUUCUUCGACCGUUUGCUAUGUGAUUAACGAACAUUCUUUAUUCCCAAACGUAUGGUGGGCUACUUUCAGAUUAUGGAGACCCUCAUUCCUUUCGCCUAAUGUACUUUCGCAAAUGAAUUUACACUCCAGAAGGAAUGAUUAUUAAAAAAUGAAAGGAAAGAAUUGAGAGGCAUAUUUCGAAAUACCCAUGAAAAGGUAACAUUGUGAGCUUUUCCCCUGUAUUAUCAUAGGGAGCAAGCUGUUUCGUCACUAAAAUUAAGUGCAUUAGUGAAGCUAUUAAAAAACUUUUAGACAAUUUCAAUGAAUUAUGAUUCCUCGAAAGUAUAGGGAGUGGAAUUCUGUGUUUUCUACCAUUCCGUUGUUGAUGUUGAUAAUGAUAAACUGUGAUAUAUUUUUUUUAUUGUUAUACCUGUAUAGAAUAAGAUGAAAGCCUUUAAAAAGGACGCGCCUGCCAUUUUGCUUCUCUACAGUUCUCUUAUCAGAGAAGUCUCCCUUGAUCAUGAUGCAUUAGAAAAUAGAGCUGCACCAGUGGUGUAAUAGGUCCAGACCUCAUAGAUCUGUUUUGAUUCAUACAAAUUUCGUUGUCUAUUACUUUUUAUACUGCAAAUAUCUUCCCCUUUCUGGGGCGCACUAAUUGCCAUAGCUAUCAGCAGUGCCACAUAAAUAGUUCCUGUAAAUGAACCUUCGAUUUGUAAAUAAUUCGUUGUAAAUACCCCAUCAUAUUCUGUCAACUGUAGUUUCUGUAGCCGCCGUAAGAGGUGAAUAAUAGCAAAAACAUAUUUAAGGGGUUCAUCCAAUCUUGACCUACUUAAUAGGUUUUGAUACAACAGCUACAUAGCUUGGUCUUAUUGACGUGGCCACUGAAUAUGGGGCCUAGGGUGGGGUCUUCCCUAGUUACCAACAUGUCUGAAAGUGCGAAACGCUUGCUCUUUGCCCGAUACCCUGUCAAAAAUGAACGACUUAUCAAUAUUUCAUAAUGAAAAUCUAAAAAGUUUAGAGUGCACUAUAUUUAGGACCCCCCCCCCCCCCCACCCCGCCUGCCAGGAUAUGUAAGACAGACAUGCCUAUUUGAUUUUAUGCAUCUAUAUCAUAAUACUAUAAGGCGGCUCGCUAAAGUGCCAUUUGGGGGUCGUGUUUCGUCUCGAAAUUUUGCACGUUUGCAGGUGAUAUGUUAUCCUGAUGCAACGUCAUGUUUAUUUUCGGAAAUUUACUUCAGCGGAGCAGUAAUGAGGGAUUUUUAAUCGGACACGGUCAAUUCUCCUUAUCACUCACGGAAGCCAAGCCAUUGCUGUUCAGUUAUGCAGGGGAUUAAUGAAUCACCUGCACUCCCUGUGGGGUGACUAACACUACCUGUUGAACGGCUGGCUGUAGGGGGAUGAUUGGAACAGCCUGUACACGUGUUGACCUGCUGAACCAAGGUUAAUGUUAUUUUCAAUCCACGAUUGUAGGUCACCUGAUCUUCGAGAUUUCGCGGGAAAGAAAUUGUAAACAAACGCAUGUGUGCAGUUCAAAUGUAAACAAAAAUGUAUUUUGAUACUUUUGGUUGCUGGACUUGGGUUUUCCCGCAGUAAGGAGCUGGGGUCAAAUUGAUGGUCUAUCGUAUAUUGGUACUGUAUUAGCCAGAGCUAGCCCUUGAUUAUGAAGGGAUUUUCAAAUUAAUGUUCAAUGGUAUGUUUAUGUGCUCACCACACAGCUUUCAAAACUUGAUGUAUCUGAAGAGGCACUCUGAACUUGGCAUGGCCUUAUCAAGGAGCUGCUUACUUUGCUGAACUUCUAGCUUGCCUGUCGACUAAGUGCCUUGCCCGAGAUCAUGCUACAUGUAGGAGGAGCACGCAUUUUAAAGUUUUAGUAGUGAUAGUGCAAUUGGUCCGAGCCAUUUGGAGGCCGACAUGUGAAGGCCUAUCUGGGUUCUCCUUCAUCUCCGUAUAAAAAGGGGCAUAUUGCUGACUAAGGAACGAGGUAUAUUCACAUUGCCUCAUCAUCUCAUUCGGACCAAUUGAUUUACUUUUAUAUGCACGCAUACAGCACGCCACAGGGUCCGAGUCUGUGGACAAAUGGUUGGUUUAAUUUGUCUCUUCGAUAUUGCUCCUUUGAUAUUGCAUUAUAUUUUCAUUGCAAUUCAAUCUAUUCAAGGUAUAGCCCAUUUGAACCUGCCUGCGCCACGGGUACAAUGCUAGUACAUGUAUA